CCCGCAUCCCUUGUUGCUAUUGUUGCUUCGUUCGAGAUCAUAAUAUUUCUCUAUUCGACUGAUCUGUUCCAUUGUGUAUGGGUUAUAGUCGCUGCCAGUCAGCGUUAUUGAAAGAUUAUUACAGUCUAUCACCCGCUAGCUGGUGCUUCGUCAGCCGAACGAGUGUGAUCUUCACCUGCGCGUCACGUGCAUAGCAAACACACAUGUCCCUCGCAAUUCGUGCGAUCCUCGCGGGCGUGCUGCCUCCUUCGUCCUCCUGCGAGCUGACAUUGUUGCGAUCCAGCUCACUGAAGCCAACGGUGGCUGACUCCGCAGACCGAUUCCUUGCGCGCUGCUCCCUCCCGCCAUAGCCGUGAGCGAUCCCUUCUUGUAAUCGCUGUCGUCAUGGCGCUGUACCCUCUCUUCGCACGCGAUGCUGGUCUUGGUUCGAUGGCCGACACGGUGCGUCAGAUAAUUUCCCUUGGGGACGAAGUGUUCAGAUUGCAGGACGAGCCUGGGCGUGCUUUCGUGAGGGAGUCGCGAGCCAUGGCCAACACCGCGGUGGACGUGAAGGAAACGCCCACGGCGUACGAGUUCGUGGCCGACCUGCCUGGACUUAGCCGUGACGAGGUCAAGGUGCAGCUGGAGAAUGAGAACGUCUUGGUCAUCAGCGGAGAACGCCAUCGUGCGACGAAGAAGGGAGAAGCAGGAGGAUAUAAGUACCAUCGCAUCGAGCGAAGCACUGGAAAAUUCAUGCGGCGCUUCACGCUGCCAGAGAAUGCAGCCCUCGACAAGAUCGGCGCGCAUUGCAAGGACGGCGUCCUCACCGUGACCGUGCCGAAGAUUCCGCCCAAGGAGCCUGAGAAGCCCAAGGUCGUCGAUGUGAAAAUCCACUAGCUGGGAAGGACGGACAUGUAAUUGUCGUUUUUGCUGACGUUGAACUUGGCCGUACGGGUGGGGAUUCGAAAGGUGUGGAGCUUGGCCGUACGGGUGAGGAUUCGAAGGGUGUUGAGAAGAGAGAGAGAGAGAGAGAGAGAGAGAGAGAGAGAGAGAGAGAGAGAGAGAGAGAGAGAGAGAGAGAGAGAGAGAGUAAAGUUAUGAGUAUCUUAACAUCUGCAUAUUAGCUGCUGAGCAGUGCAGGAUAGUUGCUAGGCGAGGGGUUGAGUCGGGUGAUGGUCGACGACGGUGUAUUGGAUAGUCGUCGUUGAGCUCGUUGAGAGAAAAUGAAAGAUAGGAGAUCGAGCUGACAGUCUGCAAAUGGAGGGAAAGAGAGUGCAGGCAGCUGAUCUCGUAGAUUGUCUGGAAUUGGUCUUCUUUGAGGAGGACGUAUGAAUCAGCCAUUUGGAGAGAUCAGACAACGUUAGUGCUGUAGGCGCAUUUUUGGCGUAUUGUGAAAAGAGGAGAGAACUGGUGCACACACACACACACACACACACACUCACACACUCACACAUUCACACACACCCUCACACACACACACACACUCACACACGCAAACACGCCGGG